CUAAGGAGACGCGCCAAUCCUUCUUGGAACAUGGCUCUCAGGCCACAGAGGACUUUCAGGCGGCGCCAGGUCGCAUCCAGCGAUAGCGAUAGCGACGGCGCGAAGGAGCAGAGCGCUGAGGAGCCAGCGGAGCCAGGCCGACCGUCUGCAGGGGACCGAACAGAGGGAGCGGGGCGGCCGCGCGGGGCCCGCAGCGCCCGGGGCCGAGGUCGGGUCUGGGCGAGUUCCCGGCGCAGCCCGGGAGCUGCUUCCCGCGGGGACGGCGGCACAGAAUGCAGAACAGCUGAUCUCUCAACGGAUGAAGAGGAAGGAACACAUCCCUUACCAGAGAGUACAGGUGAUCAGAGUCCAUCGUCUGAUAGCUCUUGUUCUCUGGAAGAAAAAGGAGUUUCACCCAUAGUUAAGAUCCCUGAUGCAGCUUUUAUUCAGGCAGCCCGCAGAAAGCGUGAGUUGGCCAGGACCGCAGGGGACUAUAUUUCAUUGGAUGUAAGCCACCCCUCCACCACUUCUGACAGUAAGAGAAGGAAUGAAGACGACCUGGAGAGUGAUCCUGAUGACCACGAGAAGAGAAUACUGUUUACCCCAAAGCCUCAAACACUCCGACAAAGAAUGGCUGAAGAAACAGCAAUCAAGAGUGAAGAAACAAGUGAAGAGAGUCAGGAAGAUGAAAACCAAGACAUCUGGGAGCAGCAGCAGAUGAGGAAAGCAGUCAGGAUCACAGAGGGACAAAACAUAGACCUUUCCCACAGCAGUAAGUCUCAAACCCUGAAGAAGUUUGAUACUUCCGUUUCAUUUCCACCAGUAAAUUUGGAAAUUAUAAAGAAACAAUUAAAUAAUAGAUUAAUGUUACUACAGGAGUCUCAUCGCUCACACCAGAGAGAAUAUGAAAAAUAUGUACAAGACAUCCAGAGUUCAAAGACAGCUAUCCAGACUCUCGAGAGCACAUCAGAUCAAGCUCUAAACUACAAAUUCUACAAAGGCAUGAAAAUUUAUGUGGAAAAUAUAAUUGAUUGUCUGAAUGAAAAGAUUAUCACCAUUGGGGAACUGGAGUCAUCCAUGUACACACUGCUUUUAAAACAGUCAGAAGCACUUCUGAAACGCAGGCAAGAUGAGUUAAAAUGUGAAUCUUCAUACUUGCAGCAGUUAUCAUGCAACGAUGAGACAUCGGCAAAUGGAAGCUUGGCUCUGGAUGAAAAGGAUCAACGGAUUUUAGAAGAGAUUGAAGCUCGAAGGAUGCAGAGAAGACAAGCAAGAGAGCUCUUGGGCAACUGUGACCAUCAGGAAGGGACGUCUAGCGAUGAUGAGCUGUCUCCUGCAGAGAUGACUGACUUCCACAAGCGCCAAGGUGACAUUUUACAGGAUUGUAAGAAAGUUUUUGAAGAUGUGCAUGAUGAUUUUUGUAACGUCCAGAAUAUUUUAUUGAAAUUUCAGCAGUGGCGAGAAAAGUUUCCUGAUUCCUACUAUGAAGCUUUCGUUGGUUUCUGCUUACCAAAGCUUCUAAGUCCCCUGAUACGAGUUCAGUUGCUUGACUGGAAUCCUCUCAAGAAGGACUCCAUAGGUCUAGACAAGAUGCCCUGGUUCACAGCCAUAACAGAGUUUAUAGAGAGCAGCAUGGAAGAUACAGGAAAAGAAGAUGGUUCUGAUAAGAAUAUCUUGUCUGCUGUCAUCAACAAAACAGUUGUUCCUUGCCUUACAGAUUUUGUAGAGAUCAUUUGGGAUCCCCUGUCAACCUCACAGACAAGAAGUUUAACAAUGCACUGCAGAGUGGCUUUUGAACAGUUCGCUUCUGAAAAUGAAGUUAGUAAAAACAAACAGGAGUUACUUAAAUCUGUUGUUGCAAGAAUGAAGAAGUCAGUAGAAGAUGAUGUUUUUAUUCCUCUAUACCCAAAGAGCUCUGAAGAAGGAAAAAUGUCACCACACUCCAAGUUCCAAGAAAGACAGUUCUGGGGAGCUCUAAAGCUUUUCCAAAAUAUUCUUCUUUGGAGUGGACUUCUCCCAGAUGACACCUUGCAAGAUUUGGGACUGGGGAAGCUACUGAAUCGCUACCUUAUUAUUGCUCUUACUAAUGCCAUCCCUGGACCAGAUGUUGUUAAAAAGUGCAGCCAGAUAGCAGCAUGUCUACCAGAAAGAUGGUUUGAGAACUCUGCUAUGAGGACAUCAAUUCCCCAACUCGAAAACUUCAUUCAGUUUUUAUUGCAGUCUGCACGUAAAUUAUCCACAAGUGAAUUCAGGAAUGAAGUCAAUGAAAUAAUUCUUCUCCUGGUGAAGAUAAAAGCUCUGAAUCAAGCCGAAUCCCUCAGAGAAGAGCAUCACCUGGAGCCCCUCCCAGCCCAGACUUCAAGAGUUUGAGUGCGCUAUAUGGGAGGUGCGUAAUGAAAGGACGCAGCGCCUUUCCUUGUACAGCUGAUGAUGCCUCGUUCCCUCUGUGCCCACCUUGUGUGUGGAGAGGCUUCCUGGUGCUGUGUGUCUGAGGGAAAUACAUCCACAGCAGCUGGAGCUCAGUGUGCUUCUGUCAUCCUUCCCCAAUCUGAGAAGGAAACGAAGAAAGCUGACACAGAAAGACGCACUCCCAAGUCAAAACCAUCUUCAACAAACUCCAGCUGUUUACAAAUCAGCAAAGGAGGAAACCUUUAUUAAAUGUUAACAAUUUUUAUACAAAUUAUCCUUCCAGAAUCUGUACUGAUUUAUUGUAUGAACUCAGUGCAAGAGAGUGCCAGUGUGUCUCCAGAUUUUAAUUCAUUGUCAAUUUGUUAAGAAAAAAAAUUUUUUUCAAAAGAUUUAUUUUUAUAUGUGUGGUCAUGUAUAUACCUGGGUGGGUUUAGCACUACCUCCAUGUAGGGGCUGGAAGGCAUCAGAUCCUCUGGAACUGGAGUCCAGGAGGCUGUGGGCCACCUGAUGUGCUGGGGACCAAACCCAGGUCCUCAGAAGAGAUCUUAACCACUGAGCUGUUCUCCAGUCCCUGUUGAGGAAUAAAGAUGUGUUGGUUUAAUAAUAAUUAAUAAUUUAAUAAUUCUUUUUGAAAUGUCCCUCUUUUUCUACAGGAAUAUUGAUCUUUUGCCUGUGCUCUGACAAAUAGCUUUUCAGAAAACUUAUCUUUUAAUUUUGUGUAAGAUUUCUCUGGUAACGGAGUUAUCAGCUGGUAGCAAGCGAGGCUUUUCCUGUGUUCUGUGUGGUUAGUAGUGGGCCUAAGAAGGCCAUUGCUACUUUAAAUACAGAAAUGUAAAGAAUUUGUCUAAGGUAGUGCGGUAAUUAAGAAAUUAUGAAUUUUUCUCAAUGAUUUUAUUAGUGUUUUUAAGUAUAUUGUUAAGUAACUCAAUGAUGACCCUAUAUUUAUUUUCUCCAUGUUGUCAUUUUAGACAUUUGCUCAUUACAGAAGCAUGUGUACAGAAAGUUUUGUAUAUAAAUGGUAGAGACUUUAUUACAUAUACAAUUUCUAAA